UGAAUUAAAGAUUGCUUGAUUAGAAUAGGAUAUAAAAGAUUUCAUCGGGAUGCUUUGUACAGUCAGCUUGACAGACUUUACAAAAUGGAGUUAGGUAGAUCAAUUGUAGUUAUUUCGUUGAUUCUACUGCUAUCUUGCCACUGUCAAGUGAUUGGUGUAAAAUUAACGUUUGACAGUUUUGAACAAACUCUAGGACAGGACAUUGCGCGGACUGAUAUACGCGUGAGAAAGUAUAACAGAACUUCAACGGUUCUAAACGGUACUAUUCACAUGUAUAAGGAGUUAACUAACGAUUACCAGUGUCAGUUAGAUAUAUUCUACAGUCGGCUCGGUAAUCAACAGUUUAACCAUUUGCCAAUGAAACUUCCGACCGCGGCAUUAUGUGACUUUAUUGAUCAUGUAUACAAAAACUAUCCCGGGUACAUGAGCUAUUAUGUGAAUGGGCCAGAAGAAGGUGAAUGUCCCGUUAAAAUACGAGACAUGUACGUGAUUGAUACCGAAUUUCCUUCCGAAGUCGUACCGCCUUUAAUAGUAAGGAAUGGUUUGUACAAAGCGGUAGUAAGCUGUAAUCUUGAUGGAAAGGAGGCCAUUAGCUAUUACAUAAUUUUAAAAGCUACUGACAAUUGAGG